AUGGUGGGGAGGAAAGCUGAAGAGAAAGAGUCGGAAUUAGAUCCAGAGUUAAAGGAGAUAAGUAGAUACGUCGAUUCUAGUGAAGAUGUUGCCGAACGUAGUGCUAGUAGUGACAGUAAAGAGAGUAAGAAAAGUGGAAAAAAUAGUGUUGAUAGGGAUAAUGAUCCCUUGUUCGUUCCAUGUUGUUCAAGGUACAUUUUCGUGGAGCGGUAUGACCUUCGAACUACUAUGGACGAGAAUGUGUACUCGUACAUCAUCUCUAUUGUUCGUGAGACGAAGAUGGAUUACAUGAUUACGUUUAAGCCAUAUACGGAUGAGGUGAAGAAUAACGUUCUCAAUGGAUUAAAGAAAGAUUUACAAGGGGUGACUGUCCUUACUUCAAAUGAGGACAGUGAUAAUGAUGGGGAUUUGGGUGGUAACCCUAUUGGAGUACGCAUUGGUGAUGAUGCUUCUCCGAGCACCUCAAAAGAUGCAGCGGGCACCUCUAUCGAUGGGGAUCUUCAUAAGUGUGUUGCUAUGCUCGAGGAAGCAGUGUUGGAUAUUAAUAGGAAAAAGAAAAAAAAGAAGAAAUGGAAGAAGAUAAGAGCCAAAAAGAAACUGGAAAAAAAAGCAGCCACUGAAGAAGAAGAAGCUGAAAAAGAAGCAGCAGCCGAUGAAGAAGAAGAAGAAGAAGCUGAGGAAGAAAAGAAAGCUGAGAAAAAAGCAACAUGUGAAGAAAAAGAAGAAGCUGAGGAAGAAAAGGAAGCUGAGAAAGAAGCAGCAGCUGUUGGGGUGAAGCAAAAAAAGUAG